GGAAAAAAGUAAAAUCAAGUUUGCAAUAAAAAAUUGAGUUUUUGUGAUCACAUGUUUUAAAUUUUGAACGUGAUUUUAAACAUUCAACUUUCAACUAGCAAAAAAACUUUUGUUUUAUAGGCGUAUCCCGUUAUCUAGCCAAAUCUAAAGUUACCACCACUCCCCGGACACCUAGUACACUCCUAGGAGCAGGCUGGAUGAAUCAUCAGCUAUAUGCAUAUGCACAGUGUUAUCAGCACCAUCUGCAGUAUCCUCUCCUCUCCAGUAACUCUCCAGAAACUCUCCAGAAAUAAAUCUAAGGCGUAAAUCGAGCUGUAAUCACUGUAAUCAGUAGAAGUCACGUUGCAAUGUAUUCGCCAUUCGGUUAAUCAGUUUCAGUAAUAUAUUUUAUUAGAAAAUGAAGUAAUUAUUAUACUUAUACUUUCCGAUCUCGUUCAAAUUCAAAGUUCAUCGAUUCAGUUUUGAAAUGCCUAAAACGAAUAGAACAGGAACAAGACGUAGCUCUCAGAUAAUACCAAUGGCAGAUAACACCAGUGAUAGUAAAAGCUCUCGUCCUGCUGAGGAUCAAUGCAACGAGUACCAUAACAUGAAAGGAUGCGAUUUCACGUGGUGUAUCAGAACUUACGACGUUGUGGAUACGGCAUAUGCGAAUGUACAUAAGGAAUCUGUAAUGCAGUCUUCUGUCGAUGGAGAUUUCGAAUAUUACUUGGAAUUGAAAAACUACAAGGACAGCAACAACACCGAGUGCGCUGAAUUCCUGUCACUUUUUUUGUGUGUUCAUGUUAAUGAUUCUCUCCGUGACUGCGAUGCUGUAUUAGGGGAAGUAGAAUUUUCUGUUCUAAAGUCCAGCAGUAAAUUUGGCACAAAGAAGAGGAAAUUCGAAAUCAAAAAUAACGGUAAUGUACAGUGGAAGACGUACGUUGGUUUUCGUGAAUACGUUAAAAGAAUUCAUGCUGCAAACUGGGCUGUAAAAGAUGAACUGAAGAUUUUUUGCAAAAUCUUUUAUUGUGUAAUGACUGAAAAAGAAAAUAAAUCGCGUGAAAUUCUUAAUUUCAGUCUCUCUAACGACUUGGAACGUUUAUUCGCCGAUAAAAAUUUCAGUGACGUAACCAUACAAGUUAAAGAUCGAGAAUACCACGUUUAUAAGGGUAUUUUAGCUGCUCGUAGUCCAGUGUUCGAUGCCAUGUUCCGAAAUGAUAUGCGAGAGAAUGCGACAAACGUUGUUAAGAUUUCAGACAUCGGUCAAGACGUUUUCGAAGAGAUAUUACGUUAUAUUUAUUGUGGAAAGGUGAAAAAUUUUAAGAAAUUGGUUUACGAAAUACUGCCUGCAGCGAAUAAGUACGAUUUGAAAGAACUAAUGGACUUGUGUGAAGAAACGUUGGCGAAGCAGUUAUCUAAAGACAACGCGAUCAAGAUUUUGAUCCUGGCUCAUAUUCAUGAUGCAGUUUGGUUGAAGACGGAAGCUCUAGAAUUUAUCAAGUUGCAUGGGCAUUCGGCGAAUGUGAAGGACUCUGAAAUUUGGAAAGUUCUUACUUCGUUUCAUCCUGAUUUGAUGGCGGAAAUGCUUAUUGUACUUCUUCAUAAGUGAAAAACUUCCUGUACCUAUUCUGUUUCUUCUAGUAUUUUCAUUUUUACGGGACAUCUUUCGUGAAAGUAUUUAUCGUUUUCCUUCAUUUGCUGAAUCUUAUGACUAAUGAGUAUUUUUAUUCGUAGUUUAUAAUUUAAGAGUUGGGUAUUUGCUUUAUUGGUAACAUGCAGUUUUUAAUGUUAGCUACUAAGUUUGCUCUUUUUCAGCAUUAAAAUCGAUUUGUGACGGUU